GCGCCCGGCCGCGAGAGAGCCGCCAUGUUGUACCGCUUUGCCUCGGCGGGCAGAAGCAGUGCCAAGUCGAUAGCACCAUUGGGAUGCUUGAUCUCUAGGCAAAAGCACACUCUUCCUGACUUGCCAUAUGACUAUGGUGCUCUGGAACCUCAUAUUAAUGCAGAGAUCAUGCAGCUGCACCACAGCAAACAUCAUGCCACCUACGUGAACAACCUGAAUGUUGCGGAGGAGAAAUACAAAGAGGCACUGGCAAAAGGUGAUGUUACAGCUCAGGUGUCACUUCAGCCUGCACUGAAGUUCAAUGGUGGGGGUCAUAUCAAUCACACCAUCUUCUGGACAAACCUUGCUCCUAAUGGAGGAGGAGAGCCUAAAGGAGAAUUGAUGGAAGCCAUCAAGCGUGACUUUGGUUCCUUCGCAAACUUCAAGGAGAAACUGACAGCCGUAUCAGUUGGUGUUCAAGGAUCAGGCUGGGGGUGGCUUGGCUAUAACAAAGAGCAGGGCCGCCUACAAAUAGCAGCUUGUGCAAAUCAAGACCCUUUGCAAGGAACAACAGGUCUCAUUCCUUUGCUAGGAAUCGACGUAUGGGAACAUGCUUAUUAUCUUCAGUAUAAAAAUGUUCGACCUGAUUAUUUGAAAGCCAUCUGGAAUGUGAUCAACUGGGAAAAUGUAUCUUCAAGAUACGCAACUUGCAAAAAGUAGAGUGGAAUUCUUGCACAGACUACUAAAAUGUCACCACUUCUACUCUGAUACCACUCUUGUAGUAGUGCCUGUGGCUUACAAAUGAAUUGCUCUACUGCAGAAAACACUUCGCUCAUCCAACAAAAGCAUUUCAUAAUCAAGCAAAAUGUCUGCUUGUUUAAUUCUGUGAGAGGUAUUUACUUAGAUUUUUGAAGCUUUAAACUGUUGUGCAACAAAGGGAGACACUUUAAAUAGUCCUUCCCGUUGCAUACAGAAACAUAAAUCACCUUGCUGAAGCUUAAUGAGGUAAUGGAUUUCCUUGUUGCACUAAAAUACCUAAGUGGAAACGUGUACUAAUGUUGCUAUAAACAAAUAAAACUCAAAAGAAGAAUCUUCUAUAACUGUCUGUAGGAGACUCAUUUUUAGUAAUAGCUGGUCCAGUUACUUGAUUUAACAAUGACUGGAGAAGAGAAACGCCUUUUGUAAUUUGCUGUAUUACAGGCUAUGGAGCUUUCUUACAGAUUAAAAAGAGAGGUGAAAGCAGAAAUAGGCGUUGCUGUGCCUGCCUGACUUGACUGUCUUCAGUCGUCCCUACCCCUACAUGAAGAUCUCAUGUAAGAGAUCCAGGAAUUGCACUGAUGCACGAGCUUUUGAAGUGUUACCUUGGGCAAGAGAUUACAGUACUGGGUCAGACUAAAUUGUUCAUAUAGGAACUGAAUGAGAGCAUGUGAUACUCAUUUCAUACUAGCUGUUCAAGUAUAUCCUAAA